AUGUCGACCGCGCAAUUCGAGUCCAUCUUCCACGGUCUGGGACCGACACCAGGCAGUACGUCAGCAGGCGGUACAGCCCUCCUUGGUCCGAAGAGCAGGAGCCACCAGCUGACACCGACGCGUCUCCACCCGCGUUCCUCCCGCGUGCAGAACUGAGGAUCGCACCCAGUGGUCUGGGAUGGAAAUCGUCGGAUGAAAAAGAGAGUGUGAUUACCGUACCGUCGAGUGAUAUCAAGUGGAUCCAAUGGAUCAGGUAAGCGGCGGGAGGAGGAGGAGGAGGAGGAGGAGCAGGCCCUCCCUCAGCGCCCCCUCAGCGCAGCUAGCUGGGUUUGCUGAUUCGAUCUUGUUCUUUGGCACCGUACAGGGUCGCCAGGAAUUUCCAAUUGAGGAUCGGUACCCCCAAGAACCGCAUCACGUUCGAUGGGUUCCUCAAGGACGACUUUGAGAGGUUGGGCAACUUGUGCAAGCAGGUAAAACGGCCGGCUCGGCUCCAUUCGCUUCCUGUACGAUCAACCGUGAUCGAGGGCUGAUCGGAUCGCGAUAAACGGUGAAAUGAUUGCAGUACUACAACACUACGAUCGAAACGACCGAUACCAGUGUCAGAGGAUGGAAUUGGGGGGUCGCCGAGAUCCAAGGUGAGCGUUCCGAGUUGUGCGGGUCCAUGCAUCCAAUGAUUGAUCGCUGAUCGUGCUCUCCACUACACAGCCCAAGAUAUGGCUUUCCUCGUCGCGGGCAAACAAGCCUUCACGCUCCCCUUGGCCCAAGUCAACAAUACCUCCAUCAACAAGGCCGAAGUCGCCCUCGAGUUCACCUCCGCCUUGGCUCCCAAACCGGGUCAAGAGGAGAAUGAGGAUGCCGUCGCUCGCAAGAAGAGGCUAAAGGCCAUGCCGGAUGAGGUGGCAGAGAUGAGGUUCUACCUACCCGGUUCGGCUAGAGGUAUGAAGAAAAAGACGGACAAGGUCAAGGCCGAAGGAGCGAAGGAUGGCAAGAACCGAUCCGACGACGAAGAUGAAGACGACGACGACGAGGAUGAUGACGAGGAUGAGAAUGGGGAAGAAGCCACGGCCGCUCAAGCUUUCCACGACGCGGUCAAGGAGAAAGCCGAUAUUGGCAAGAUCACCGGUGAAAGCUUCUGCACGAUCCCCGAAGCUUUAUGCCUCACCCCCCGCGGACGAUUCGAUCUCGACAUGCACGCCGAGUUCCUUCGCUUGCGAGGCAAGACGUACGACUACCGUAUCGCGUACACGCAGAUCCAGAAAUUGUUCCUCUUGCCCAAACCGGACGACAUCCAUUGUCAAUUCAUCGUCAACAUCGACCCCCCCAUUCGACAAGGUCAAACGAGGUACCCUUACCUCGUCAUGCAGUUCAUCAAGGAAGAACAACUCGAAUUGGACCUCAACCUCGACGAAGAGACCAUCAAGGACAAAUACGACGGCAACCUCAAACUGCACUACGACGAUCCGGCGUACGAAGUUGUCUCGGUCUUGUUCCGGGUCAUGGCGCAGAAGAAGGUGACGACCCCUGGCUCGUUCCAAUCCCAUGAUGGACAACAAGCCGUCAAGUGUAACCUCAAAGCGAACGAAGGGUUGUUGUACCCUUUGGAGAAGCAGUUGUUGUUCAUCUCCAAACAACCUACUCUGGUCCCUCACGCCGAUAUCUCCGCCGUCAUCUUUGCUCGAGUCGGGGGGGCUUUACCCUCAGCUCGAACGUUCGAUCUCUCGAUUCGUCUACGAGGCGACCCCGAUCACCCGAUCGUGUUCUCGGCUUUGAACAAGGAAGAGUUGCAACCGAUCGAGGACUUUUUGAGAAUGAAGAAGAUCAAGAUCAAGAACGAGAUGGACGAAAUCGCCGCGGUCGAAGCCGCCGUUCUUGGAGCCGACGAUUCGGAUGAGGAGGAUGAAGAGGAGGAUGAUGAGGAUGGGGACGUCAAGAUGAAAACUGUCAAGAAUGGUGGUGGGGCCGAGGAAGACGAUGAGGAUGAGGAUUCACCCGAUGAGGACUUUACGGUCGAUUCGGAUGAUUCGGAUGGUGGGAGUGCUACUUCGGACGAUUCGGGGAGUGAGAUGGAUUCGGAUGAUGCGGGGGAGGAUUCGGAGGAAGAGGCCAAGAAGCCGGCGAAGAAGAAGCAAAAGACGGGUUGA